UAAUGUCAUCGCUCUCAUUGCAUAUUGUGGUUAUAAAAGUACUUUUUUAUAAAAUUUUAUAAAUUAUAAUUAAAAAUCGUAGCUUUUGGUGAUUUUACAAUAGAUAAUUGUUUUACAAGCAAUGGCUACAGACCAAGCCGAAGUUCAGUUACAAGUGCGAUUUGUAACAAAACAGGAACAAUAUGCAGUACCAGAUAGUCCUUACGCAAUUCAAAGUAAUGUUCAGUCAGCGGAACUUAAUACUUUGGUAAAUGCAAUUUUAAAAGAGACAAAACCUUUGAUUCUGAAAGCAGUUGAAUUUGAUUUUUUGGUAUGUGGCGAAUUACUUUGUACAUCUAUAGCAGAACAUUUGCAAGAAAAGGGGAUAUCAACAGAAGAUACUUUAGAAAUCGAAUAUCUUGAAAGAUUCCCAGCCCCUAAACCUCAAGAAUGUUUAAUGCAUGAUGAUUGGGUAUCCUCAGUCCAUACUCAUGGCAAUUGGAUACUCUCAGGAUGUUAUGAUAAUAGCAUCCACAUUUGGACUGCUAAAGGUCAACAUAAGCUGGCCAUUCCUGGACACACUUCACCUGUCAAGGGUGUUUCGUGGGUAUCAAAUGAUGGUGAACAAGCCAGUUUUGCAAGUUGCUCACAUGAUCAAUCAGCUAUGCUAUGGGUGUGGAAUGUGGCACGCAAUUCCGUUGACUGUGUAGUCACUUGUCGAGGACAUGAUAAAGGUGUAGAGUGUAUUGCUGUGGCAGUUGAUGCAAAGCAUUUUGCUACUGGCAGUUGGGACAAUAACAUAUGUUUAUGGAGUGCUAGUUUGACAGAUGAAGACAAUGUGCCUGCGAAAAAGAGGAGUAAACCAGAACAAGGAAAUUCUAGAACACCAAAGUCAACAUUGAAAGGCCACAGAGAAGCAGUGUCUGCGGUCAAAUGGGUAGACUUCAACACACUACUGUCUAGCAGCUGGGACCAUCUUCUGAAGCUAUGGGACUGUGAACUUGGAGGAAUUAAACAAGAAAUUGCUGGUAACAAAGCAUUCUUUGACGCUGAUUGGUCACCGCUUAACAACAGCAUUGUUACUGCUUCAGCUGACCGACAUGUCAGGAUUUAUGAUCCAAGAUCCACAGAAAGUAUUGUGAAAACAACAUUUACGUCGCACACGGGCUGGGUCCAGUCUGUGCGCUGGUCCACCACCAGAGACACGCUCUUCCUCUCAGCAGGCUAUGAUGGACAGGUUAAACUAUGGGAGACGAGGAGUCCAAGAACACCGCUGUAUGAUCUAACAGGUCACGAAGACAAAGUGCUCUGUUGUGACUGGUCUAACCCAGCUCUUUUAGUCAGCGGCUCCUGCGACAACACCGUUAGAAUAUUCAAAGCUAAACAUGCAACGGCAUCUGCAUGAUUAGAUAUCAAGUGACAGAGGAAACUAUUGCAGUGACAUACAUAUGCCGUUGUCUCUGUUUUUGUCAAAGACAAUGAGUGGGAGGACAAUAUAAAGAUGUCACUUUUGAUAAACCUAAUUGUGAAGUGCGGGACAUUGACUGUAAAUGUUUGGAAAUGUGGAUGGUUUCGGAAAUGUGUCACUUUUGUUGUUUAUUUUUGUAUUCUUUUCGUAAAUCUGUAAUAACUCUUGAAAUAAAGUUAGGUUGUUAUUUUUUUUUUCAAUAACAUAAUUUGAAAGUCUGUAGAGUUUUUUAUAUUUCAUAAUUGUUUACGAAUCUUCUAGUAAAAUACAAUAAAAAAAUAAAAAAUAAAAGAGAAAGCGAAGGCAUCUCUUAUAUAGUGUCGGGUUACAUUCAGCUUGUUUCAAUUAGGUUAUUGUAUAAAUGAAAAGACAGUAUUUGGUUUUGCUUGUUUUAUUUCAAUCAUUUGCUCUUACAAAAUAUGUUCAAUGCAAAGGAACAUGACUCGUCACAAUAAAACAUGCUUCUUAGUA